AUGUCCGUAUUCGACCAGUACCAGAAGUCGCGAAUGCAGUUCGUCCAGACGGUGACGGACCUCGCGUCUAGGCCCCACAACAUCGAGUACCUCGACAACGCCGGGGUCCUGGAUCUGCUGUGUCCUCUGUUGUGGGACAUGGUGCCGUCCAUCCAACAACUGACCGCCAUAGCCCUGGGCAGACUGGCCAACCACGACGUCAAGAUAGCCGGGGCCAUCGCCCGUAGGAACAACGUCUUGCCCCAACUGGUCAAACAAAUCGACAAGCAAACCGAUUUCUUCAAAAAGGCAGCUCUUUUCCUCCUGAGGGCUUUGGCCAAGCACUCGCCGGAAAUGGCGUACAUUGUGGUGUCGGAGGGCGGCCUGGACGCAAUGGCCCUUUGCCUCGAGGAUUUCAACCCUGGGGUCAAGGAAGCCGCGGCUUGGGCCGUCGGUUACAUAUCCAGGCACAACAAAUGCUUGGCCCAGUCUGCCGUCGACUCUGGUGCCGUUCCGCUGUUGGUGCUCUGUUUGCAGGAGUCCGAGCUGUGCUUGAAGCAAAUCAGUACCUCGGCGUUGUGCGACAUUGGCAAGCAUACCCCCGAGUUGGCCCAAACGGUGGUGGACGCGGGUGCCAUUCCGCUGUUGGCGAGAACCCUCGCCAAUCAAGAUGCAAAAUUAAAGCGUCAAGUGUUGUCGGCCCUGGGCUGCGUGGCUAAGCACACCCCGGAGCUGGCCGAGUUCGUGGUCGAAGCGGAAAUAUUUCCCGAGGUGUUUUACCACAUGAGGCACGCCGACGAGAACGUCGCCAAGGCCGCGGCGACGCUGACCAAGGAGGUUUGCAAGCACACCGUCGAGCUCGCGCGGCUGGCGGCAAAUACGGGCGGCAUUGAGUUUUUGGUCGAGCUGAUAGACUCGCGAAAAUCCUCGACCAAACUGCCGGCUGUCAUGGCCCUGGGAUACAUAGCUGGACACGCGGAACAGUUGGCUUCGAUGGUCAUCGAUAUGAAGGGAGUCGCGCAACUGGCGCUGCUUCUGGAAACGGAGACGGAAAACCACAUUCUAGCCAUAACCGUUUGGGCGUUGGGCCAGAUAGGGAAACACUCGCCCGAGCACGCCCAAGCUCUUGCCGCCACGAACAUAUUUACGUGUAUUUUGGGAUUGUACGCGAAUCCGCAAAACUCGGAAGAUUUGAAGAUUAAGUGCAAGGUGACGUUGAAGCAGGUUUUGCAAAAGUGCAUGUACAUCGAAGCUCUCGAGCCUCUUCUUCACGACGCACCGCCAAACAUACUUAAAUACAUACUCGGACAAUUCAGCAAGAUUUUACCAAGCGAUGCCAGAGCAAGAAGGCUAUUUGUGACAACAGGAGGUUUGAAGAAGGUACAAGAAAUUCGGGCAGAUCUAGGCUCAACACUGGCCGAGUACAUAACAACAAUCAACUGCUGCUUCCCAGAAGAAAUUGUCAGGUACUACUCUCCUGGUUAUCCUGAUAGUUUAUUGGAGGCCGUAGACCAAUAUCAACCAAAUUGCUCGCAGAUGGAGAUUAAAAGUGAAUGUUCGAAUGAGAAAAGCACUUCGAGCGCUUCUGCAUGUGACAAUAACGAUUAA